AUGGGGAAAGAAGGCGUGCGCUUCGAGCGCGAGAACGGCGGGGACAGCGCCGAGGACAGCCUGGUGGACAAUCCCAAUGGCCUGUCGCCGGGCGACGGCUACGGGGGCAGACCUGGCGAAGGAAGGCCGUUCGAGUUCCAAGGUGGCGAACCCCGAAACAGCUAUGUCGCCCGCAGUGUAGAUGUCGAUCGCAAGACCUGGGAUCACUUCCUGCGAAAGUCCAGAGGCCGCAGGAGCAGUGGGCUGUUCACAGCAUUCUUGCAGCCAGCAGAUGAGGGCGAACAUGUGUUUGGUGACUUGUCCACGCAACCAAAGCACCGAUCGAUAUUCGGGCUGGAGGUACUGAGCCCCUAUAGCACCAGGGCAGGAAUUUGGUCUCUGUGCAUUCACAUUCUGGACAUGACGUAUGUUGCAUUUCUGUUGCCCAUCAUCACCGCCUUUGUGUACGAUGGAGAUGAUGAUGACUUCACAGCCUGGGCCAGCAUUGUUGAGAUAGUGGCCGGCCUCUUCCUCUUGUUUGACUUCCUGAUGAAUUUCCACGUUGGCUUCAUGGUCGUUCAUGACUACAAGAAGAAGGUGGUCAUGGAUGGCCAAUCGGUGAAAUGGUACUAUUGGAUGCAUGGGGGCGCGCUCAUUGAUGCGAUCGCAGUGUUCCCGCUGCUCCCUGAGAUCGUGUACUUGUCACUGCAAAGCAAGAGGGAGAGUUUUCUGGUGGUGUUUCGUCUCCUCAGAUACGUUAGGCUGCUUCGCCUCCUGAAGAGGAUGUACACUGGUGCCUUCGCUGGCAGUCUCAAAGACCCCAUUCUCAACAAGAUCAGGCGGAAGCUGAAUGCCUCCGGCCUGUACCUCGUGAACGUGCUGUACACGGGUGCAGUACUGACGAACUUCAUGGCAUGCCUCCUCUACUUAACGGCUGUGCUCGAGGGGCUGGACGGAAGCUGGAUCUCCAAGGGCGGGUCCAUCGUGUGUGAAGUGGGCGACGAAGGCUGCGUGACUGAGAACUAUGUUGAAGAGAGCAGUAAGCCGAGGCAGUACUUGGCCAGCGUGUAUUGGGCGAUCACCACAAUGACAACCGUGGGGUAUGGUGAUAUAACCCCCCGGACGGCUGCCGAGGAGGGUGUGGUCAUGAUGCUCAUGGUGGUCAACAUCAUGCUGUUCGGUCUUGUGAUUGGCUCCAUUUCUGAGCUCAUGAAGUCUGCCACAAAGAAUGCUCGAAAUUCAGAGGUGUUUCGAAACAAGAUAGAUACUGUGACGGGGUGGCUGAAGAGGAGAGGAGUGCCUCAUGACAUGCAGAAGAAAAUCUUUGCAUACUAUGCCGAGGUGUGGAUAAGGCAGAAUGAUGACAACGAAGCUGAGUUCAUUGACGAGCUGCCGCACGCCGUGAGGAUUGACACGGUGUACCACAUGACCAAGCACCUGUUGCAAGACCUCAGGGUGUUUCGCGACCUGGAUGAAGAUUCGCACCGCCGCAUUUGCGGGCACAUGAAGCCCGCAUCUGUUGCGCCAGGGCACGAGAUUUUCUAUCAAGGGGAUCCGGCGGAGUCGCUCUUCAUACUGGAGGAAGGAACGAUGGUGAUCCUGGUCAACGAUGAAGAAGUGGGGCGACUACAAGGUCCAACAACUUGUGGCGAAGCUGCCGUUCUGGCAAAGGAGGUGCCAGAGUUCAGUGUCCGACCUGUAACACUACGUGCUCGAAAGUCCUGCCAUCUGUGGGAGGUCAGCAUCAAGGGUCUGGAGCUCUUGUUCGAUACCUACCCAACCCUGAAGAAUGAUCUGAUGGAGGGGUUCCGAAUGAGGCUUAUUCAAGGCAUGGAUUCGAGCACACAGUCUGGCAAGCUGAAGCUGAUGCGCGCUGAGUUGGGCCUACAGGACAUGGAGGGCGUGAAGAUGCUGGGGCAGAAAUUAACAAGA